AUGGGGGCGAUGCGCGACCUGCAGCUCAUCCCACACGCCGACCCGAAGGAUCACGCCCCCAUGCUUUGGCGCCUGAAGUACCGCCUCCAAUACCAGGACGACCACGACGGGGACCCGACCUGGGACUACGACCGACUGGCGGGUUUGGCUGCCCCGCGGGGGGAUCACGGCCUCAUUGGGGAACUGGAACGCCUCUGCGAGAACGCAGCUGCCGCGUGGCGCAGCACUACUCGACAGGACGACCCCUCCGAGGCGUGGCAGUCUCUAGUCUCCGAUGUGCGGGAGGCCGCCCUGCCCUUUUUCCAGCGCGGUGCACUACCUGCCCCUACCACCGAGUGCGUCCAACAGCGGCAGGAACUUCUCGAACGCCGACGCAACCUCAGCAGGCAGUGCAGGACAGAGACCGACAGGCUCGCCAUCAGAGCCUGCGACCGCGAGAUCAAGCGCACCAAACGCCGACUGUACACCCAGCACGUCGAGCAGUUGCUUCGGGACGCCACCGCAGCUGCGGAGCGUGGACACACCACGACGGUCUGGAAGCUGGCGUACCAGAUCGGCGGCCGAUACCAUGGCGUGAGGAAUCGACGUUUCAAUGCGAUACCGCACUACCUCCCUACCCUGGACGAGUGGACGACGACACUACUGGCGGGUGCGGCUGAAGGAGGCUUCUCGGCAGCGCAGGUCCCUGAGCCUCAAUUUCCGGCGGAGAUCGCCUUGGCGCUGCGAGAGCAGAACGACCCAGACGGUACCUGGAAGGAACUACGCGGGCAUCCCGCAGCGACUGCCCACGACGACUGGACCGACACGUUGAGGUGUCUCCGACAUGCGGCCCGCAGGCGCUACGCCCCGCCCCACUCCGCGCCCACCGAGCUCUGGUACGCCAUCCUCAGGGCGGCCAGCAUCGAGGCGCGAGGUGACCCGACCGGAGUCCCCGACGUCAGCGAUCGACCUGCACGACCACGACGAGCACCGCGCGUACACUGCCCGCGCCUGGCGGAGCGCCUGGGGGCUCUCUUUCGUCAGAUCCGCACCGCCUGCCGCGCGCCGUCCUGGCGGCACUGGUCGAGGACGUUUCAACUCCCCAAAGGCAUUGACAAGGUGGGGACUCGGGCGAUGCGUCUGAUCCACUGCUACUGCCCCUUCGGCAGGGCCUGGUACCGUGGGAUUUUCACCAGGCACCGCCGUCCGCUGCUUCCUCAUCACUCUCAUGGGCACGCCCGUCAUCGAUCAAGGCAGGGCGCACAGCUGGUCUCCAAGCUUCACACUUGGAGGCUUCGCCGUCUUCGAGUCAACCACCUCCAGCUCAAGAAGAACAUGACCAACGCCUUCCCCUCCACGUCCCACGACGUCUUGGAGGAGGUGGUGGGCCAUAUCAUCCCAGACAUGCAGGACCAGCUGUUCCUCAAGCAGCGCCACGCCGAGGCAGUCAUGGAGGUGCGAGCAGGUGACGCUCGAGGCUUCUACGUGCCCAGGCAUGGCGCUGGCAUGGGCGAUGGCAACGCCGGUGAACUUUUUGCCCGAUCAUUUGUGCGACCUUUGGAGGAUUGGAACCGCGAGCUCCUCCUCAACAGCACGGACUCCUUCCACCUCGAGGACGGCUCCACAGUUCCGUUGAUGGAGGCCGCCACCCUCAUCUCCUGCCCGUGCUCGGGGCAGCUCGUGGAUUUGUCUUUACGUGAUUAUGCCGAUGAUGUCUCGCAGACGCUACCAGUGCCAGAGAACAGCCCUUUUCGUGCCGCGGAGGUGGCCAAGCAGUCCUCUGACCUUUUGGCGGCCAAGCUCAGAGCCCAAGGCGGCUUCACACAGAAUGCAUCCAAGGAGCGCGUUCUGCCUGUCUUCGUGGGCCCUGGAGGGUACACGGCCACCCGAGCCGUCCUUUCGGGACUCGCUUCUUUCCCUGGGCAGCCCAAGGCCCAGGCGGCCUACCUUGGAGGCCUGGAGCAGCUCACUGGAGGCGCGGGGGCGGAGGUUCGAGUCAGGAUAGAUGCGACAAGGUCAGCUUGGUGCAAACUGGGUCGUUUCUGGAAGCAGCACGUCUCGCUCAGGCUCAAAAGGAUGGCCUUCUUGGGUGUUCUGCAGAGUGCGGCCUGCGCGGGCCUGGAGACUUACCUUCUGGCCAAGCGGGACUACGUCAAAUUGGACACCGUCCUCUUGGGAUUCGCGAAGGUCCACAAGCGCCUGCGCAUCGCCGACGCUCGCACCGAGCUCCUCGUACGCAGGCUGAGGUACUGGCAACAACUCGCCAAGUACCCCGAGUCUUCUGUGCAAGCGGUCGCCGCGCUGCUUGGGAUCUUUGAGGCGUUGCAGGGGGCGCCUGUAUUCACCGAGUCUGGAUGGAUAGACAAAAACGCGAACCCGUGGGCCCUCCAAAUGCAGAAAGACAUCCUCACCCUCAGGCUCCUCCCCAGGGGCGAGCUCUUCUUGGACCAGGGUCACUCGAUCAGGGACAUCUUUACUCAGGAUAGGGUUGCGGCUUUCUUCGCUAGUCUGGACCCCGCUGGGCCCCGCAAG